AUGGCUGGUAAGCUCUUGUACACCGACCCCACGGGCCAAUCGUCUUCAGGUCCCCCAGAGGCCAUUGCGCUGGACUGGGAUGAACCGCGACGCUCCGGCCGGGCCACCAAGGGCCAACACAAGAACCUCGAUAUCGUGGCCGCCGAUGCCCCGAAGAAAGGCAAAGGGAAAGGCCCAAAAGACAAGAAGACGUCCGCUGAACCUACACCUGAAUCCCCCGACGGAGAAGACGAAGAGAUCAUUCGAUGCAUCUGUGGUCAAUACGAAGAGGAGGAGGAAACAGAGCGAGAUAUGAUCUGCUGUGAUCAAUGUUCUGCAUGGCAACACAACGACUGCAUGGGCCUGGUCUUCCCCAAGGGCCAGGAGCCAGACGAAUAUUAUUGUGAGCAAUGCCGGCCAGAGAAUCACAAGGCCCUUCUCGCCAAGAUUGCGCGAGGCGAGAAACCCUGGGAAGAGCUUGCUGAAAAGCGGCGCCAGGAAGCUGAGGAGAAGAAGAAGAAGGGCAAGAAGGGCAAGAAAGGCGCCCGGAAGAGUCGGGCAAGCGAAGGUACGCCAGCCCGAAUGGCAGCCUCUGCGACACCCGUUCCGGCUGCUUCUCCUGCAGCGGCAGGGUCAGCUUCAGCCGAGCCGGAGAAGAACGGCCAUGCAGGCGAUUCCCGUCGUUCCAGCACGCAGAAGCGCAAGCUUGAAGACCACACAGACGCAGAGACGGGACCCCAGAUCAAGCAGCAACGAAUGUCUCCUUCCGCAGUUCCGGCGUCUGCCAUUGUCGGUUCCGUCGAGGAGCUUACGAUUCCCGCUCGGAGAAGCGCUGCCACUGCUCUAGUCAAGCUAUUUGUAGAACAGAUUGCUGGGGCUCAGAAGAACGGGACAUUUACCCUGCCCGCGGGGCAGUCAUCGGAGGAGGCGGCACGGCAACUCGGUCUUAGGAUCGAGAAUGCCUUGUAUGACAAUAUCUGCGGGAAGACAGGGGAACCCAACGAACCAUAUAAACUGCAAUUACGGACGAUCCUGUUCAACGUAAAGAAGAACCCUUCUCUACGGGAUCGUUUGCUCGUAGGUGGUCUCUCCCCGGACGCUCUGUCUAAGAUGAAGCCAGAGGAGAUGGCCAGCGAGGAAUUGCAACAAAAGGACGCCGAGAUCAAACGCGAAUCCGAGCGCCAACACAUCAUUGUCCAGGAGCAGGGCCCCCGAAUCAGACGCACACACAAGGGCGAAGAGUUGGUUGAAGAUGAGACGCACAGUGCUGCCACCGACUCCGUCUUCUCUGCUGCUCCGCGUCGAAGCAUGGCUGAGGCUGAGGGCAGCCCUUCGGCGCAGAGCCCAGUCAGUCCGAAGCUACAACAUUCGACCAAGUCUCGCGCCUCCGGGCAGCACGCCCGUGGCCAGUCGCCGGAUAGUGCGCACCACGAUCACGUCUUCCCCGAGGUCCCCACCAACAUCCGCGAGCCAGAAUUCCGAGGCAAGGUCCAGGCGGAUGCAGAGAUCGAUCAGCUUCUGCGCGAUGAGGAACCGGACUCUCCGCCUUAUUCACCCAAGGAUUUCCAGGAGGAAGGCAUUGUUUGGCGCGGCAAAAUGGCAAUGACCCCUGUUGCGGAAUUUAUGUCUUCCGCGAAACACGUCGGUGGUGCAGACCUAAGCGGACGAGUUUCAUGGGACCAACUUGCUCCACCUACCUUGCUGAUUGACGGACGCAUCGAUGUGCAGCUGGCAAGCAACUACCUCUGUGGGUUGCGCUUCAGCACCUCAACAGACGUGUCAGUGAUUGCCGUCGGCAGCCCCGACUUGCCGGGAGAGCAAGCCGGGUUCAACAAGCUGUUCGACUACUUCCAGGGCCGUAACCGGUACGGCGUGAUCGGCAAGCACCCGGUGCCAAUGGUGAAGGACACCUACAUUGUCCCCAUCGAAGCCGGCGCUACAAAGAAGCCCGAGUUCAUCGAGCUCCUGGAGAACAACUCGCUCGAAGGCCCCGCCACCGAACGCAUGCUUCUCGUCGUCUUCGUCAUCAAGACCAGCGAAUCAAACCCUCCGUCCGUCCAGCCUCCCUCCCACCACCCCAGCCAGGAGCCCCCAGCAACUGCGAGUCCCGUCACUGCAACGGGAACCACACCCCAGCAAUCCUACACGACCCCAGGCCAUGGACCCGCUGCUCAAGUUGCGCCGACACCUCCCUCUGCCUUUGGUGGUUCCCCCGCCCAACCUGCCUCCCAGUUUCCGGCGUACCAGCAGCAAUCUGGCGCCACCGGCUUGACCGCCGCAAUGCAGGUGCUCGGCGCGCAGGUGAGUGCCCCGGCUAUCCAGAAACUUCUUCAAACCGCCCCGAACGUGGAUAUGGCGCAGCUGAAUGUUGUCCGUGAUAUCCUCGUCCGGCAGCCUGCUGCAGCAGCCAACUACGAGACCCUGAUGCAAGCUCUGUUUGAGACCCAGGCGAACGGCCACGUUCUUCAGAGCUGA